AUGGGGUUGAUCGAAACGGCGUUGGACCAUGUGUCCCUUAAAUCCGCCAUCAUAGUCCUCGGUGUCGUCUAUGCCCUAUGGACUAUAUAUGUCAAAAUUGACGAAACAGUUCGACUGCGACGGCUCGGCGUCCGGGGUCUUCAGAUCAAGAGUAACGCACCGUUCGGCAUAGAUAUCAUCAAGAAACAGAUCGUCGGUUCCAUCACCCACACAAGCUACGAGGUAUUCCUCCAGUUUGUGGCCGAUAAACCCAGUUACACCGCCGAGUCCGUCCUUCUCGGAAACCGCGUAGUCACGACCGCCGACCCCGAGAACAUUAAGGCGGUCCUCGCUACCCAGUUCGCGGAUUUUGGUAAGGGCGAGCAGUUCCAUAAGGAGUGGAGCGAGUUCCUCGGCGACAGUAUCUUUGCUACCGACGGCCAUCAGUGGCAUGCUAGUAGACAGCUCAUCCGCCCUCAAUUCUCGAGGGAGCGUAUCAGCGACUUGAACUGCUUUGAGUCUCAUCUUGAAACUUUCUUCAAAGCUAUAGCGAAUGGCGGUGUUCUGGAUGGCAAGGAGCAAAAGGUCGAUAUUGAGGCCGGUAACGGUAAACCAUUCGAUAUCUGUGAUCUCUUAUAUAGAUAUACUCUCGAUGUCGCUACCGACUUCCUGCUAGGACUGGACGUACAGUCCCUCACAAAACCACGUGAGCCCUUCGCCGACGCUUUCAACGAGGUGCAGAGAGUCCAGAAUAUCCGCGCGCGUGCUGGCCCGCUCGACCCGUUCGUGCCUAAGAAGACUUUCCGCCAAGGCCUCAAGGUGGUCAACGAACUCUGCAACAUCUAUAUCGACCGCGCACUGCGCCUCAGUCCCGAGGAACUGGCAUCCAAGACCAAGUCCGACCAGGACUAUACUUUCCUACACGAGCUUGCCUCCUUCACUCGCGACCGGAAAGUACUCCGUGACCAACUCGUCGCCGUGCUCCUUGCCGGCCGCGAUACCACCGCCUCCACACUAUCUUUCACAUUCUAUGAGCUCGGCCGCCAUCCCGAAGUCGUGCACAAAAUCCGCCAAGAGAUCAUCGAGCACGUCGGCCUAGACCGCACGCCUACGUACGCCGACCUGAAGAGCAUGAAGUACUUACAGAACGUGAUCAACGAGACCCUACGCCUGUACCCCGCUGUGCCGUACAACGUACGCACCGCGCUCAAAGACACGACACUCCCGCGCGGCGGCGGGCCCGACGGCUCCUUGCCGCUGCCGGUGCUAAAGGGCACGGCGAUCGGAUAUUCGACGUUAGUGAUGCAGCGCCGGCCCGACCUGUACCCGGCCGGAUCGGACCCAGAUGUGUAUUGUCCAGAAAGAUGGUUCUCCUGGCAGCCGAAGCCGUGGUGCUACAUCCCGUUUAACGGGGGCCCGCGCAUCUGCAUCGGGCAGCAGUUCGCGCUGACGGAGAUGGCGUACGUGCUCACGCGCGUGUUCCAACGGUUCGAGCGCGUGGAGAGUUUCAUGCACGAGAUUGACGGGGGCAAACCCAAGCUCAAGUCCGAGGUUGUGAUUAAACCGGGAGAUGGCGUUAGGGUUGCGCUGUGGGAGGCGAAGAAGGUGUGA